AUGCGAAGUAAAAAGUUAAGAUUCCAAGAGAUCACACCGCUGAGCGAAUUUCAAUUUUCAGUAGCAUGCCAUAGUAUUUGUAUUUCAAAAGAUAGAUGCAAAGCUCUGGCUGCUGGAGUGUAUAAACCGACAGUUAAACUCUUUGAUUUCAAGUCUGGCAUGAUGAAAUUUGAAAGACACAUGGUUUGCGAUCCUAUAAAAGUUGUAAGCUUGGAAGAUGAUGCAGAGAAGUUUUCAAUUCUAAGAAGUGACAAAGCGAUCGAGUUUCAUACCAAAGGCGGAUUCCACGAGAAGGUAAAAACUCCAAAUCAGCCGAAAGACAUGGUGUUCAACACUGUUAGUUCCGAGCUGUAUCUCGGUGGAAACUACAGUGAGGUCUACCGAUUUAAUCUGGAGCAAGGCAGAUUUCUGAAGAGUAUUCCUGUAGCAGGCAAUAAAAUGUCCUGGAGUGACACCCAUGGACUGCUGGGCGCUAUUUCAAAGAAGUCUCUGAUAUUUGUAGAUACGAGAUCCAAAGAUAAUAUCAUUACUCAUACAUUUGGCAGCGAAUUACUUUCAGUAGCGCAAGAUGGGUCGGGAUUGAAAUACGCUAUUGGGAGCGAAAAUGGAGAAUUGCUCGAGUAUGAUUUUAGAUCUUCAAGACCUCUUAAACAUCUUAAUUUCAAUUACUUUAUACAGAAAAUUGAGUUUUCAGAUAGAAAACUGAUUGCAGCAGCAAACGAGAGGAUUUAUAUUAUCCAAGAAGAUGUUUCUAGCUUGGAAGAUGUGAUAGAUCCUGGAUUUCGAAUAAACGAUUUUUCGAUUGACGGGGGACUGAUAUUCAUUGGUGGAGAAGACCCUGAAAUUAAAACUUUAGUUUCUGAAGAUCUGGGUGCUAUUCCCAGUUGGGCCAUGACAUAG